CCCAACCGUGCAAAUAUGGCAAAUGAGAUAUGGAUCGUUCCGUUUUUCGGUCAGAGCCAUCUGUUUCCUUUAAUGGAGCUCUGCAAGCACUUGGCCUCCAGAAACUUCAAAGCCGUUUUUGUUAUCUCUUCCGAAUUCUCCUCCUCCAUACCCUCAUCUCUCCGCCAAUACCCACUCGUUGAAAUCGCUGAAAUUUCUGAAGCACCACCGUCUGAUUCGUCUUCUCCACCGCAGGAGCCGAGUUCUCAGCCGCUUCACAAACACCACGCACGCUACAGCCAGAUAGCAGUCGGGCUUGACAAACUCCUCCAUGAUCCAGAUUCAGUCCGCCGACCCCUUUGUGCGGUUGUUGACAUGAUGAUGAGCUGGACUUCCGAGAUUUUUAACAGAUACGAAAUUCCGGCUGUCAACUUCUUCACCUCCGGUGCUUGCUCUGCCGCCAUGGACUAUGCCAUGUGGAAGAGCCACCCGUUGGAUGAUUUCAAAUCUGGUGAGACCCGUUUACUAUCCGGGUUACCCGAAGAAAUGGCUAUUACGGUUUCGGAUCUUAAGCGACAGUCUCGUGACGGCCCACAAGGAGGCUCGAGUGAAGGAUUUCCUCGUCUUCAGCCACCUCGAACUAAGUUUGGGCCGCAGAGACAUCACCCAGCCUGCCCCGGUGCCAAACCACCGUGGGUAGAAGAAGUUGAACCGUGUGUUGCAGUCAUGAUCAACACGUGCGAUGAUCUAGAGCAUCCUUUUAUCAAAUACGUCUCCGAUAAGAUCGAAAAACCAGUUUGGGGCGUGGGCCCACUCUUGCCGGAACAAUAUUGGAAAUCUGUCGGUUCGGUUCUUCACGACCGCGAAAUUCGAACCAAUCGGAAAUCAAACCUCACCGACGACGAGGUGAAUCGGUGGCUAGAUACGAAGCCAAGUGGAUCCGUGCUGUACAUAUCCUUCGGAAGCUCGGUGGGUCCCAACAAGGAGGAGCACGAGAUACUAGCCGAGGCGUUAGAAGCGUCAGCACGGCCAUUCAUAUGGGUGGUCCAAGCGAAUGCGGGCCUCUGGCCGGGUCCUCGUCGCCCCGCACUACCCGAUUCGGAACCCGAGGAGGCUUAUUUUCCGCACGGGUUAGAUGCUCGAGUCGGAAAAAGAGGCUUGAUCAUACCUGGGUGGGCCCCGCAGCUGUUGAUUCUGAGCCAUCCAUCAACGGGAGGAUUCCUAUCGCACUGUGGGUGGAAUUCAACUGUGGAGGCAAUUGGUCGGGGAGUCCCAUUCUUGGCGUGGCCAUUUAGAGGGGACCAAUACCCCAAUGCUAAAUUAGUAGUGAGCCAUCUCAAAGUUGGGUACCUGAUUUCUGAGGACUUAUCACAGACAAUAGAGGAGGAGGAUAUAACGAGAGGAAUUGAGAAGCUACUGAGCGAUGAAGACAUGAAGCAACGAGCAGUGAAGCUUAGUGCUAAGUUUGAGCAUGGCUUUCCAACAAGUUCUGUUGCAGCUUUAGAUGCCUUUGGAGACUUCCUUGGACGUAAAAACAAAGCAUCUUGUCGUUGACUUUUGUCUCGGAAGGCUAAUCAGAAGAGUUUCUGUUUGACUUCUUUUCCCUUCGUACUGAUGUAUAAUCAACUACGCCUGAAUCUCGGGCCAUCAUAUUUAACACAAUUUUUACACGUCUUCUGAGUGGCUAGAUUUAAAAGCAUUAAAUACAAUGAUGUCAAGAUAACACCAUAUGACAUAGACAAUGACGCAUUACAUUUUUUCAAUCAAAGUUAUAAUUUGUUU